AUUAAGCGAACCCUUGGUGACCUUUAGCCACAGAGUCCUUUUAAACUCAUGGUAUAUAAGACUCCUGCUACAUGAGACAUUGCUCUAAGCGCUCGCUCUCACUUAUCAUCUUUAGGCACUAUUUAUUAUCAGUUUUGUAUUUAUUCCUGCAGCCUCCUGCUGAAUGGGACAGUUUACCAAGGGUUUUCUUUAAGUAAAUUGUAUUUUUAUCUUUUUAUUUUUGUCAAAAUGCUAUUCUGGGGAAAUUCAUGUUUCAUGAACUUGUGAUAAAGAAGUGCAUUAAAACAUGACAUUUCAUCAUGCGCUGCGGUUCCUUUCAUUUUCUUUUUAAUAGCCGACCCAAAAGGAGAACGCCUUUUGCAAAUGGUUCGAAACAGGAGUUUCUCUUUUGCUCUGUGGAACAAAGACAAAUGAAAUGUGAUUGGCUCUUUGCUUUCGAGAGCGCAAUAAAAAGGCAUGUGACAAAGGUAGUGGGAAGCAAGCUCGGACCAAUUGAUAUCUGCUAGUCAGACGCGGCGAUUUCCUUCAGAGCCACUUCAAUGGAGUACCGAGUAAAGCACAGAAAGGCAAAGUGCAGGGAAGCUCUGCAGGCAGACUUUGAUGCAUUCGAUAUCUCAGAAGAGUUUGGAUUCAUCCUGGAAGAGCCACUGACUCACCUUCCAGACUAUUAUCGAGCGUGGAUCGACCUAGCAAACAAUCUGGCACACUUGAUAGAGUCCCAUAAACUUCGGGAUCUGGUUCAUAAGAUGCCGGUUUUGAGUCCCCACCACUUGACCAGCCAUCGGGAGCUCAGGCUGGCUCACUUAGCUCUGGGAUUUAUCACCAUGGGGUACGUGUGGCAGGAAGGACAACAUGCACCUGCGCAGAUUCUCCCAAAAGCUCUGGCUUGGCCGUACUGGAUGGUCUCUCGCAGGCUUGGACUUCCACCCAUUCUGACAUAUGCAGACUCUGUUUUAGCCAACUGGAAGCUAAAGGAUCCCACAGGGGACAUGGAGAUUGGAAAUAUGGACUUGAUAUUUUCCUUUCCCGGCGGAGAGACUUGCAGGGGAUUUUUUAUGGUGUCAUUGCUGGUGGAGAUGGCUGCAAGCUCAGGCAUAGCGGGGGCCUUGGAAGUGAUGCAUGCCAUGAAAAUCUCAGACCUCGUCGGCAUACAGAAAGGUCUAAUCAGAGUAACUCAGUCUUUGAAGAAAAUGAAGGAAACUUUCCAACUCAUGCACAAUCACGUGGAGGCGACGGCGUUUCACGGAACGUUGCGAAUUUUUGUGUCAGGGUGGCGGGACAACCCCAUGCUUCCGAGGGGGCUUUUGUAUGAAGGUGUCAGCACUGAGCCAAUUUUUCUGUCAGGUGGAAGUGCAGCUCAGAGUUCAGCCAUUCAGUGCUUUGACGCUUUGCUGUGCAUCCAGCAUGAGGAGGAAGCAGGCGCCUUCCUGACACGCAUGAGAGAUUAUAUGCUUCCUCCCCACCGUCAGCUGAUAGAGACUCUGUCUGUCUGCUCAUCGCUGCGAGACUUCAUCACGGCUCGCUCCGGCUCCGACCUCUGUCAGGCGUACAACGCCUGCGUCUCCGCGCUGGUGGAUUUACGGAACUAUCACCUCAACACCGUGGCCAAAUAUGUCAUUGUUCCCGGUAACAAGGCCCGGUCCUUGGGCUGCCCCUUCAGGGGGGUGGGAACGAUGCUGAACAGCACUGGGACUGGUGGAUCCAACCUCAUGGUUUUCCUUAAGAGCGUUCGUAACUCCACAGAAAAAGCCCUGAUCACAGAGAGGUCGACAACUUCAAGAGAUGCAGAAAUGUAACUUUUUCAUUCGCUGUAACAUCUUUUCAUGCACUUUACCCACGAGGUGUUAUCCACCAGAGACAAUUGCACAUUUGUAUUAUAUUUGGUCGUAAAUGAAAUAAAAUUACGAUUUUUGCUGCAUUUAAUUUAGCUAUAAACAAUAGUAGGAAAAACUGUUAGCUUUCGAAGGACAAACUUGAUAUCUGUAAAGCCUCGUUUCUACAGAGUGGUCCAGUGCGGUCAGGUUCGGUAAGUAGUAGAACAGUACGGUCCAGCUAAUUCUGGCGAGUGUUUCCCCUCAGUUAAACCUUGCUCCCACUGAGUCGCUUGUUUUCAAGGCGCAUGCGUGAUGUUGACCGCUAGCGUGUUAUUGUAGUGCGAUGACUAGAAAACAACAACGGAAGUCAUCCAGCAGCUCGUCUUUUUAUUGCUUUACUUCUAAUAUCGCCAUAAAGAGGAAAACGUUGGAAACGAGACGGUUGCCGCUGUUGCCACCUGUUGAUUAGCUUAAAGUGAUAACGACAUUAGAAAGCUCCAGUAUAGCGCUAUGCUAACGUUUCCAUUUUCCUCUUUAUGGCGGAAUUCUUCUCAGCCUCCCACAAUCUUCUUUCAAACAACAUUAAAUUCCUGUUUUACACAAUGUACAAAAAGUCAUUUAAGAAAAAGACGAGCUGCUGGAUGACCGCCAUUCUUGUUCCUUUUCUAGUGUUUGCACCACAAUGACGCAUUGACAUGCUAGCGGUCUAGAUUACUUAUUUGUCGUGAAAACAAACCGCUCAGUGGAAGCGAGGCUUAACUGAGUAGAAACACUCACCAGAAUUAACUGGCCUGUCCCGUACUCCUCCUCCCGUACCGGACUGCUCAGUGGAAACGAGGUUUAAGUUGGGAUUGCACCUUAACGCAGUGGAUGUGGUAAAUUGAGCAAUGCAUCUCGAACCACAAGAAGGAGUAAAAACUCUGCUCUUAAAAGAAGUUAUCAG